AGGUGUACAGCAGUGCGAGCUCACGGUCUCGAGCGCAGCGGGGAUUCUGGACCGGUUUCACUGGACAUUAAAAACUAGCUGGCAUACAUGGAACUGAUAGGAUCUACCCAGUUGGCCACAUACACUCGGCCCAAGAGCAGCAACUUCCUUCCGGCCAUCUCUACAACCGCAUCCAGCUACAGAAGCCUCCAGCCGGGCUAUACCACCAACCAGAGUGCCAACGUGCCCUGGAGGACUAACAUGUACUUCAGGACUGGGAGUGCUAUCCCCUCUAUUGCCCCCACAUCCCACAAAGACAACCAGGACCUGGUCCGAGCCAAGACCGUAUUCUUCCCGUCCAACAGAACAGCUCUGAUGACACGCUUCACCCCCGACGACUGGUACAAAUCCAACCAGAACAACUACCGUGAGUCAGAAUCAUCCAGGAACAGUGCAGAACGGCUGAGGAGGGACACCAUCCGUUUAAUCCAGGACCGGGAACAGCUGACUCGUAGGACACAGGAGAACACCAGCAGGAACUUGGGAGAACGUCUGAACGACAUCACGUUCUGGAGGUCAGAGCUGAGCCAUGAGAUCGACAACAUGGUGACGGAGAUUGCAGCCCUCACCGAGGUGAAGAGGAGACUGGAGAGAGGCCUCGCAGAGACCGAGGGACCGUUACAGGUUUCUCAGGAGUGCUUGUUCCACCGAGAGAAGAGGAUGGCCAUCGAUCUGGUUCAUGAUGAUGUUGAAAAGGACCUGAUCAAGGAGGUGGAUGUGAUAAAGUCAUGUCAGGACAGAAUGAGGAGAUGUUUGGAUAAAGCCACUGCACAGCUCUCCUCAAAUCGAGCAGCUCAGCAUGAACUGGAGAGAGAUCAGAACGAUAAGGUCAUGGCACAGAGGAUUGACGACCGGUGUCAUCAGCUGCGCAACAUGUCCAAUGGAAUCAGCUUCUACAGAGGCAUCGAGCGCCUCGACCCAUCCCUGAGCUUGCCUGACUCCUGGUCGAGGUUCACCGACGACAACAUCCUGCUCUCUCAGAGCCAACGCGCCGCAUCCCACAAGCUCCGCGACGAGAUCGAGGUGCUCCUCGACACCACGUCCAACGAGAUGUGGAACCAGUUCAACACCGUUAACGUGGCCUUUACCAACCGCGUCUCGGAAAUAGCCGACACCAAGAACAGCCUACAGGCUCAUCUAGCCAAGACCAUUCAGGAGAUCCACCAGACCGAGAUUCUCAUAGACGUUCUGAAGAAGGCAAUCUGGGACAAGGAGAACCCUCUCAAAGUGGCGCAGACCCGCCUGGAGGAGAGAACCCGCAGGCCUAACGUGGAACUCUGCAGAGAUAACCCACAUCACAGGUUAGUGAGUGAGGUGAGGGAGAUCGAGAACACCAUUCAUAGACUAAAGGAGCGAUUAAUGGAGGCUGAGAGCACUCUGCAGAACCUGGUGAAGACCAAAGUGGCUCUGGAACACGACGUAUCGAUUAAAGCCAACUCUCUGUUCCUGGACCAGGAAAGAUGUAUGAGCAUGAGGAAGAGUUUCCCCAGCGCUCCACGUCUGGUGGGGUACACAUAAGAGUCCGACCUAACUUUUAUACUGUUACUAUAGGGACAAAAUUGACGAUCCUUUGUUUUGUUACCUACCAUGAGUGUUAUAUUCUCAGCUGCUGAUGUAGUUGGCAGCAAGACCCGUCUGCAUUGACAUCUUGCAUCUCAUGAGCGUUAAUUCACUCCAGGUGGAAGUUCUUCUAUAUAUCACGGUUUCUCUAUUCACGAUACCUCUUUGAUCAAACUGUGAGACAUGAUUUCUUUAGCUUGUUUCUCUUGUGUGGUGUUCAAGAGUAUAAAAAUAUAAGAUAUAAAUGUGUUGCACAUUAAUGUAGUACAGUGAUCACAGUAUUGCAUUGCAUUGUAUGCUGGAGCAGGUUCACUUGUUCACAUAAUGUACACGUCCUAUAACUAUUUAACAUGCAUAAUUAAAGAAUAAAUCAAA